AUGAACAGCAGAGACCGUCCCCGCGGGCCUCCGCAAGGGCCGCUACCAAAUCGUGGAGAUCUGCAGUCUGAUUCGGGCUCUAGCCCAAGCACUAUGACAAGAGGGGCCGCCUUUGAGGACGAGAAGAAGCGGAUCAUUCAUAGUUGUUUCGCAAAAAAGGAUGAAGACGGUCUAUUACUCGAAUCUUAUAUUACCCAUGUCCGCAUCACCGAGGAUGCAGCGCACCCCUCUAGCCCUUCCCCGCCAAAAGGACCACCGGAGAACAAGAAACCCCGUAUCAUUAUCAUAUCGGUUCGAAAGUCAGGCAGAGUCCGCAUACACAAAGCUCGAGAGAACAAUGAGGGGACAUUCUCUAUCGGCAAAACUUGGAUGCUCGAUGAUUUAACCGCAAUUCAAUCAUUUGCUUCCUUUGUGCCGAAAACACCAGGAGAGCAGCAGCAAAAGGAAUGGGCUGGCAAUGUAGGAUUCACAGUCACAAUUGGAAAGCCAUACUACUGGCAUGCUAGGACUUCCAAGGAAAAGGAGUUCUUCAUCGGGAGCCUGGUCAAGAUCUACAGGAAAUACACCAAUGGAAAAAUCCCCAACCUGAUUGGUUUUGAUGACAACGAGCGACAAAUGCUGGCAAGCCAUGGACAAUCUGGACAGCCAGCACAGCCAGCACAGCCGGGUGGUCCCUCACAUGGUCCACCACCAAGGGGACAGCCAGGACAACCAGGACAACUAGGCGGUCCUUCACAUGGUCCACCGCCAAGGGGACAGCCAGGACAACCAGGCGGUCCUCCAACUGCUCCACCGUCAAGGGGACAGCUAGCACAGCCGAGACAACCAGGCGGUCCUCCAAGUGGUCCACCAAGGGGACCGGGUCCAAUGCCUUCAACAUCGGACAGCCAGUUGCCCCCUUCGCUACAACCGUCCUACAGAGGUCGUGAUAUUAGUCGCGAUGCUCCCCGGGAUGUCAAAAGAAAGCCUUCCGAAGACCCCACCCUUCGCACUCAACCAAGCCGCGAGCAGAUGUCUCGGCCAUCGACCGGUUCUCGGCCACCUACAGGACAAGGCAGACCGGCACCAUCUCCCUUUGACAUACAUAAAUCUCCUCCUCCGUCGCUCCUUUCCGGGCCACCUAUGGACCAGCAACCGCCGCCACGCGCACCCGAACGUAGCGCAGCAAACGCAAAACCCCCGAGCUCACUCUCAGAGUCGAGGGGAACAGAUAAUCUGAAUGUUGCAGCACAAGCCAGCAACUAUGCCGAUAUUCCAGAAUCACUCCGCCCAUCUUCGUCUCGCAGCCAGGAUCGUGGUCCCAAGCCCCCACCUCUUGCUACCCAGCCAGUCCCGAACAAAGCACCAGAAUUCACGCGCAGCCAAGAUCGCGCUCUCCAGCCCCCUCCUCUUGCUACCCAGCCAGUCCCGAGCAAUGCGCCAGAAUUCAUGCGUAGCAAUGAUGCACUUCGUCCUACCACCGCUGGUUCUUUCAAUAACGAGAGUGGGGACACAGCCCCACGUCCCACGCCUAGCAUUGGGCCAAAGUCUCCCCAACGUGGUAGCGGCGAGAAGGCAUUCACGUUUAAUCAGCCCUCUCUGCCUCAAGAGAGAAGUUCAUCCGAUGGCUUAUCACCUGGAUCUUCCGCACAGCCUCGGGAACUGUCUUCGUCCCCAGCAAUUGAGGGACUGGCUGCAGAGCCUGCUGCUAUGGUGGCUGCGAAUCUGCCCCCAGUAGAUCCCAUUGCUCCUUCCAAUGAAAAGCCCAAGUCCCCUGUCGAAACUGUUCCUGCUGCGGAAUCUCCAUCUCAAGCUUCCCUAGAACAAGAGGCAGAACGCCCGGGGCUUGGCCCUAUGGUUAAGAAAAAGGAAGGCAAAGAUAUUGCAGGCGCCUGGAGAAAGGCUGCAAAUGCUUAUGGUGGUUUCAAGCCCAGGGCUGGUGGGGCUGGUGAGCGACUGCUGGCAGCCGCGAAGAAGUCACAGGUUGAUGCUGCGGGCCCUGAUGGCAUCACCAGCGUUGUUCCGGCGCCGUCCCUUACACGGUCGGCAACUGAUCCCCCACAGAGCCCAGUAACAGCAAGGUCAGAACAAGAUCUACAGCCCCCCGCGCCCGCUGCAGGGCCGGAGACACCAACUGUCGAGAUCACAGAGCCAGCUCCUCAGGAGAUCACGGUGGCCCCUAUCCAAACUCCCGAGGUCUCUCGUGAGAAUCUCUCUGAUAUUGUUGUAAAGGUUGAAGAUCGUUCAAGAUCACCAUCCCCAGCAGCUCAAGGACGUCGUCGCAGACGCCGUGAAGACCACACUGUGAAAUAUUGCCAAGCCCUUGGAAUUGAUCCCAGCAUUCUCGACGGACGUGGUAUUGAUUUUGAUGACAUUCUCACUGAUCUGGGUUGGAACGGACGGUUGGCCGAUGAACAGAAGAUUGAAGAUUUGGAAGCAGAUGUUCGCCGUGAAAUUGGCCGUGUCGAGGCCACCAGCUGGCUUGGAAACCUUGAACAGCAGGAAGGAAAGGUGGAACAACUUGCAAGCUUGAUCGACAGAACGAUUGAGGAGUGUGAUGAGUUGGAUGGUCUAUUGACCCUUUACUCUCAUGAACUGAACACUCUUCACGAGGAUGUCGCCUAUAUUGAAGCUCAAGGUCAAGGUCUGCAGGUGCAAGCAGCAAAUCAGAAGCUGCUGCAAAACGAACUCCAAACCCUUUUGAAGACACUUUCAAUAUCUUCAUCCGAGCUGGGACCCCUCAAAGAGGCAUCUUUGAGCAACCCUGAUGGGUUGAAGGAUACCGAAAGCGCUCUGGCGACGUUGUAUAAAGCCAUGGUCACAAUUGACUCUGACAUUGGACAGAACAAGAAACGUCAAGUCGAUGCCAGUGUCGGUGUCUAUGCUGAUACAGAAAUUGGUCAGAUGCGCGCAAUCAAACAAAAGAAGGAAGAGUAUCGCUCUACUGCAAACAUGUUCCUUAGCCGACUGCAGCAGUUCAUGGCCCUUGCCUUCAAAAUGGCAGAACAACAACGCAUUGAUUUGGCCAAUGGUGCCAAGGAUUCGAUGAAAUUGGACAAUGCCGCGCGAGGGCACUUCCGUCAAGAGAUCUGGCGGUAUAACGCCCUGAUACUGUUUGCUAAGGAGGUUAGCAUGGCAGAGUGGCAUAGCCUUGUCGGUCUCUAUGAGCAGCAGUCCAAGCCUUCGUACCAGGGUGACUUCCGCGACAAUAAUCUGGCUUGGAAGAAGACUGCGCGCAAACCAACGGGAGAUGAGCAGGAACUCCUCUUCACCCAUCAAGAGAAGGAGAAAGAGGCCGAGGGUCUCACCAUGGCUGCACGGAAGCUGACGGUGCGACGAGGCAAGACGGUGCGGGCUGCCGCUGGACUUCGACUGGCAUCGGGCGGCGCGAAGAAGCAAGGAAGGGCUGAGCCAUCUGAGGUAUUCGCUGGGACUCUGCGGGAGACACUGAACAUGAUGGCUCAGGAGCAGAACUUCAUUAUCCAAUUCUUCCAUCUCGAUUCUCUUGCCACCGCCGACUUUUCCGACUUGGUGGCUGCGACCAUUCCAGACAACCGCUCUUGUCCCGAUUUCUCUGCCAACCGGCCGCAUGACCCUGAUCGGAGAACGGCAAAGAGAGUCGAGCAGAUCAUGGAUGAGGUUUACUCAUUCUGGCCGAAUGACAUGCAAAGCAUGGCGGACUGGGCAAUGCAGGCCGAUCCCCUUCAAGGAAUCGGUAUUCUCUAUGCCUUGGAGAUCGCCAUGAAUGACUUUGAUGACACGAAUCAAGAAUUCAUUCUUCAUGCACUGCAGAAGAUUCAUUCUCGCUUGAUGGGACUCUUCAACCGAUUUGUUGACGAGCAAAUCCGAGGCAUUGAGGACACCAAAGUCAAGGUGAACAAGCGGAAGGGAGUAAUUUCCUUCAUGCGAGUGUUCCCUAACUUUUCCAAUGCGGUGGAAAGCAUGCUGUCCUCCCCGUCCAACGCCUUCUGUGACAUUCGUGUUAGCGUCAAUGACGCGUACGACCGCAUCAACCGUGCAAUGUGGGAGUCGCUCAAGUUCAUUGCCAAGGAAGCACCCGGCCAACCUCCGGGUGUCACUGCGGGUGCGGGCGAUCCGGAAGACAAGGAGAUCCUGAACUACCACAUCCUCCUCAUUGAGAACAUGAACCACUACAUCGAGGAAGUAGAUGUACACAACAUCCCUGCGCUUGAACGCUGGACUGAUCGGGCCCACCAAGACUUCCAGGAGCACAUGAAGCUCUACCUCGACGCGGUCAUCAGUCGCCCACUGGGCAAGUUGAUUGAUUUCGUGCAAUCAAUUGAUAGCCUUCUCGCUGCGGGCGGCAAUCCGACCGACAUCGCAGCCCGUGCCAGCCACUCCCGCAUGGUGGCGAAGAAGAUACUCGCCUCCUAUGAUAACAAGGAAAUCCGCCGUGGUAUCGAAAUGCUCAAGAAGCGUGUUGAGAAACACUUUGGUGACGCCGAUGACCCUGGUCUUAGCCGCAGCCUUGUUGUUAAGGUACUCCGGGAGUGCGAGAACCGCUAUGAGAAUACUUAUGACCGUACGCGGCAGAUUAUGGAAGAAGUCUACGAGGGUCAAUUGGAUCUGGACUGGCGCAAGGAAGAAACCCUUAGCAUGUUCCGGAAAUGA